AUGCCAUUUGGGCCAAAUGGGACCCGACUACCCGAUGAGACGGUGUUAUUUGUCAUUGCUACGUUGGAAUCCGCAUUGCAGGUGCAUUGGUGGUCGCAUUGCUCUUCGUGCUUCAAACAAAGCCGCAACGCAAGGGGUGCACAAAUGUGGCGAUAUUUGUUCCCUCGGGCCCGAGUUGAAGUUGGACUUAUUGGGACGUCUGCAAUCUUGCUUGUGAGGAAGCUCGGCGAAGAGUACAUCAAUGGAUACAGCGAUGUCAUCCUUCGUGCUUUCAAGUGCAAUCACGAUAUUCAAAUCAUGAUCGGUGGGGCUGAAAUGGCUGAGCGCAUCUAUUACGCCUGCAAGUACACCACCAAGGACCAACAGAAGGUUGAAUGUCGAACGGCCCUGGCAUUGGCUGCUUUUGACACGCGUAUUCAGCGAGAACUCUCAACAGCUGAAAGUGGAAAGGCCCUGUCCGAUGAAGUCAAGUGCCGUCGUCGCUUGGCGUCUCACAUGUUCAACAUGACGAGAAAACAAGAAGUUGCUGGCCCGUUGUGUGCCUUGUACCUGUUGCGCGAGUCUUGCGCUUACACAGGCCACUUUUACAAGAAAAUGUCCAUCCGUCAAAACGUGUUGAAGUUCUUGCACCAACACAGCGACACUCCAUUUCAACUUGAAGUGACCACCAACAUCAAGGUCAAAACGCUGACUCCUCUGACCUUGAAAGUGACGAGGAAGAAGAUGCUUCACCACUUGCUGGACCAAGGCGACCUGGACAAUCAAGCGUAUUCGUACCGGUUGGACAUCUCAUGGUUUGAGUUCACGUCCAAGUUCUUUCGCGCGAAUCGAGCUGAUGGUACAUCGUCGGAUAAACUCUUCAUGGAACGACAUUCCCUGCACAAGUCGAAGUGCAUUGGGGUACAUCGCUUGGCGCGUAUUCCCGUUCUAACGGGUGGUGUGCGCGUGCCAUUCUUUGGGGAUUGUUUAAAACCCGAGGAGAGAGAUUUCCACGCCCAAGUUGCAUUGGUACUUUUCAAACCAUUUCGUGUGUUGUCGGAUUUGUGCCCACACGGCUCAACAUGGCAUGAAGCGUGGGAAUCCUUUCAACCCACGAUGAGCACUGGUUCUGCGGAAAUGUACCAUUUCAUGCAAGACUACCAUGUCGGUCGAAAGAAGGCCGCAAAGACAAGAACGUCCAGAGAGGAAGAACAGAACAUCCAAAUGGAAAACGACGAUGGUCACACUGAGCCUGAUGACUUCGAUGACAUUGACUUCGAAAACGCACUCCCGGUUGCCAGCAGACAUCCAGCAACCAGCCACUUGGACUGUGAUGAUGCACGUGAUACCACGUCGGAAUUGUAUCAAGCAGUAUCAUCGUCGGAGAUGAGCAACCAAGUCAAGUUUCCAACAACGACACCCAUUGAUGCGGAUAUCGCAGCAUUGGUUGGUGGUCAGUCCCUCGACGAAGCGUCAACAACAGCAUCCUCAAGUUAUAUGUCCAUUUUGGGUGCUUGGGACCAGCGACUUCGUUGCCGUGAGCAGUUUGCGUCAGAUGUCAAAGGUCUAAAGACAUGGAUGUCGAAAAAACGCGUGGAACGAGUUGUCACGUUCGAAAACCAAUCCCGUGUUGAAGAAAGCAGCGAGGCAUCGGUGGCUUGGUGUACAGAUCCGCCUAGCGAGAUUCAAACGCUGGUCCAAGCCAACGUUCCGGGUGCAUUGGAGCCAUCAACGAUGUUCGAUGGCAACUUGAAGAUAAUGGAGAUCACGACCCACGAAGUGUCGCCACUGCAACGAGCGCCAUACAACUACGAAUGGUUCUGCACGGUGAAGGGGGUACUGGAAAGUCGCAUGUCAUCGCUGCUGCCGCCGUCUCAAUCAACGGAGUUUGGUAUGCACAACUUGACCCCGAGCACUGUUCACGAGGCGAAAGAAGCCGACGAGAAAGGCGUACCUGGCUACACGGAAGAUCUCAAGCUACUCCUGGUGGACGAAAUGUCCAUGAUGAACAAACAACAGUUGGUUCGACUCGACGAGGCACUUCGUGCACGGACGAAGCUGGACUUGCCCUUCGGUGGAAUCAACGUCGUUUUGGCUGGUGAUUUCUUCCAAAUGCCCCCUGUUGGUGGAAAACCGUUGUAUACACCACUGUCUGCGUAUCAAGAGGACUUGAAGUUCGAUCUCUACGAAGACACGGGCUUCCAUUUGUGGCGGUCGUUCAAGGAUGUUGUGGUGUUGAAUGAAAACGUCCAAUUCUCCCAGGAUCCCGAGUAG